AUGGCUCAUGUACCGUCAAAUAAUAUUGUCUUGCUGUUCCUUCUGGUUUCUUUCCAUGUUAAUGUCAUAGCUGAAGAAGACGAGGCAAACAUUAUCAAACCCGGUUCUUCACUUUAUGCAGGAAAACAGCCUAGUUCGUGGGCCUCACCUUCGGGGAAUUUUGAAUUUGGUUUCUACCGUCAAGGAAAAGGAUAUGCAGCCGGAAUAUGGCUUGUUGGUCCACCAGAAAACACCAUUGUCUGGGCUGCAAAACGAAAUGAUCCGCCUGUCUCCUCAAAUGCCACUUUGGAAUUCACUAAACAAGGCGUAUUGCUUCUUCGGACUGAGGACGGGGUGGAAAAUGUCAUUGCGAAUCUGUCCGGCAUGCAAUUUGUUGAUUCAGCUUCCUUGCUGGACACCGGGAAUCUAGUGCUCUACGAGAACGGGUCUGUUGUUUGGGAGAGCUUUCAUAUCCCGACCGACACAAUCUUAGGAGGCCAGAAUUUAAGCCGUGACCGUGAGUUGAUUUCCAGUGUGUCAAGUUCAAACCACUCAACUGGCCAUUAUUAUUUGUGCUUGAACUCUGAUGAGCUUGUAGCCAAUUUAAAUAUUUCUUCUGCAGCUGCUUAUAAGUACUGGGUCUUCCGUACUGGCUUUUCUUCCCCCGUGUUGAAUCUCAAUGAGAAUGGCGUUCUAGCACUGUAUUCAUCACAAAAUUGCGACCAAGAAAACGUUUUGGCAAACGGCUCGACAGCUGGGAACGAAACAAUGAUGAUCUAUAGAGCAACCCUUGAUUAUGACGGUGUUUUCAGAUUGUACUCGCAUCAACUUGAAAGCAAUACUAUGUCAAAGAAGUGGCAGAAUUUGGAUGACGAAUGUGAGAUUCCAGGUCGGUGUGGGUUGAACAGCUACUGCUCCACCAGCAGCGGUAACGAUACUGAGUGCUAUUGCUAUCCUGGUUUCAAAUUUAUCGACGAGAAUGCCAAAUUCCUGGGUUGCUCUCAGAAUUUCACUGUAGAUGGGUGCGAGACUAAGAGACAUGUACUGAUACACAACAAUAGCACUACCUUAGACAAUAUGUCUUGGGCUGGUAAUCGUUAUUCUGUGAAGCGUAAUCUAGAGAAGGAAGACUGUAAGAAAGCUUGCGAGGAUGAUUGCUCCUGUGGUGGAGCUCUCUAUAGCCCAAAUCGCUGUAGCAUGUAUUCAUUACCGCUUAAAUAUGGUAGAAAACAUGUAAAUAUAACAACCACAGCCUUCAUCAAGUUGAUUCCGCGUAGCACCAUUAGCCCCCCACCUGAAACAAGUCCAAUGUUGGUAAGCGAAGGAAACCAAAGCCUCAUUUUAACUAUGGGCUUAAGUUUGGGUUCCGUUGCAAGCUUGUGUUUUGUGAUUGCAAUAUGUAGCUUCUUGUUAUACAGGCAUCGAGUCCAUAGUUAUGAGAAGCUUUUAGAAAGUAAAAGUUCAGGAUUUUCCGAGCAAUUUACACUACGAUCAUUCACUUUCAAUGAGCUAGAUGAAGCAACACAAGGUUUCCAAGAUGAGUUGGGUAGAGGCUCAUUUGGAGCGGUUUAUAAAGGAACUUCGCCAGGGGAUGGUAAAAGUAUUGCUGUUAAGAGAUUAGGAAUGGUUAAGGAAGGAGAAAGGGAUCAGUUUCGAACUGAGAUGACAGCCAUUGGAAGAAAUAACCACAGGAACUUGGUCCGAUUGCUUGGAUUUUGUGUGGAAGGUUCAAGGAAGUUCCUUGUUUAUGAAUACAUGAGCAAUGGCUCACUGGCAGAUUUUCUAUUCAACAGGAAUGAACGCCCGGUUUGGAAACAGAGAGCCAGAAUAGCGUUGGACGUGGCUAAAGGUAUCCUUUAUUUACAUGAAGAGUGUGAGGUGAGUAUCAUCCAUUGCAACAUUAAGCCCCGCAACAUACUCUUGGAUGAUUCAUUGACUGCAAAGAUUUCGGAUUUCGGAUUGGCAAAGCUAUUGAGGCCUAAUCAAACAAGCAGUACAAGUGGAACAGCAUUGUACUCGGCACCUGAUUGGCAAAACAGUGCAUUGUUAUCGGUAAAAGUUGAUGUAUACAGUUUCGGAGUGGUACUGUUGGAGAUCAUAUGUUGCAGAAGCAACAUAGAAGUAGAAGGUCGCAGUGCAGAUGAGAUACUGCUUUCAACAUUUGUAAACAAUUGCUUUGUUGGGGGAGAGUUGAAUAAGCUCGUGGAAGGUGAAGAAGAAGUGGACAUGAAAAUGGUGGAAAGGUUUGUGAAGGUGGGGCUUUGGUGCAUUCAAGAUGAUCCCAAUUUGCGUCCACUGAUGAAAAAUGUGAUCUUGAUGCUGGAAGGAAUAAUGACUACACCAGUCCCUCCAUCUCCAUCACUUCCCCAUGUUACUAAUUAG